CAAAUCUCAAUGGCGAAUCCCAUAUCUCUCCCACUCCAAGAGAGAAUCCCUGGUAGAAACACCCUUCAGAGAGUCAUAGAUCUCAUCAUCUUCUUUCUCCUUCUUCUCCUUCUCUUCUAUCGUCUACUAUCAUUCAACGUUCAUGGCGUAGCUUGGAAGCUUUCAUUCUUCUGUGAGUCAUGGUUCACCUUCUGCUGGAUCCUCACCAUGAAUGCUAAAUGGACUCCUGUUGAUUACACCACUUACCCAGAACGCCUCUUACAAUGGGUUGGUGAUGAGCUACCCCCAGUGGACAUGUUUGUGACAACAGCAGAUUCAGUUCUUGAACCACCAAUUAUCACUGUCAACACUGUGCUCUCCUUGUUGGCUGUGGACUACCCAGCUCACAAGCUAGCUUGUUAUGUCUCUGAUGAUGGAGCUUCUCCUCUUACCUUUUAUUCUCUUCUGGAAGCAUCUAAGUUUGCAAAGCUUUGGGUUCCUUUCUGCAAAAAGUAUGAAGUUCAAGUUAGAGCCCCUUUCAUGUAUUUUUCUACUGAGCCCACCAAGCCAAAUUCCCAUCUCUCAUCCUCAGAUUUCCAAAGGGAAUGGAAGAAGAUUAAGAAUGAAUAUGAAGAGCUUUGCCAAAGAAUCGAAGAGGCUGCUCAGAAAUCCAUUCCAUGUGAUCUGACUGGUGAAUUUGAAUCUUUCUCAAAUAUAGAUCCUAGAAACCAUCCAAGUAUAAUCAAGGUCAUAUGGGAGAACAAGGGAAAUCUUCCAGAUGGGGUGCCGCACCUAGUAUAUCUGUCUAGAGAGAAGCGGCCCAGGAACCCGCAUCAUUACAAAGCAGGGGCCAUGAAUGUAUUGACUAGAGUCUCAGGAGUGAUGACAAACUCCCCUUUCUUGCUCAAUGUCGAUUGUGAUAUGUUUGCAAACAACUCAAAGAUUGUUCUCAUGGCAAUGUGUCUCCUACUUGGUUUCGAGAAAGAAAGCAAAAGCGCAUUUGUUCUGUGCCCCCAAAAGUUCUAUGGAGCCCCAAAAGAUGACCCAUUCGGAAAUCAAUUGGUUAUGCUACAACAAAUUGUGGGCCGUGGAUUCUCAGGAAUACAAGGGUCUAUAUGUGGUGGAUCAGGAUGCUUUAAUAGAAGGAAAGUUAUAUAUGGGCUAUCACCGGAUGAGACAGAAACUAAAGCAAGAUAUAUGAAUUCAAUUACUGGUAGAAAAUCACCUUUUGAAGCACUUCGAGUGAAAUUUGGAAAUUCUCCUGAAUUUAUGGAAUCAGCGAAUCGGGUAUUGUUUGUGCGGAAUGAAAUCCCGGUUAGUCCGAGAGAUCUUUUGAGCUCUGUCAAAGCAGCUAUCUCAGUCACAACUUGUGACUAUGAGUCCGAUACACAGUGGGGUAAACAGGUCGGGUGGGUCUACGGCUCCACAACCGAAGACGCCCUCACUGGACUGAGGAUUCAUACAAAGGGAUGGAAUUCGGUCUACUUUGACCCAGACCCAUCUGCAUUGCUUGGGUGUGCACCCGUGACUGGGCCCACGACAUUGACCCAAAUGAAAAGAUGGUCCACUGGUCUACUUGAGAUUCUAUGGAGCAACAACAGUCCAAUCAUCGGCACCCUCACUGGGAAGCUUCAGUUCCGGCAAUGCUUAGGCUAUCUCAAUAUAUUGAUUUGGGCUCUGCGUUCUCUACCUGAAUUGUGCUACAAUCUACUACCAGCCUACUCCAUCUUCACCAACACCAGUUUCCUUCCUACGGUCUCCGAACCGGCUUUCUUCGUUGUUGGUUCUCUUUUCGUGGUUUACAACCUUAGCACCUUAUUAGAGUACCUCCGAUGUGGUUUACCGGUCCAGGCAUGGUGGAACAACCAGAAAAUGGCAAGGAUACAAUCGUCUACUGCAUGGUUGUUUGGGCUAUUGGCUGUCAUUCUCAAGUUGUUAGGGAUAUCAGAGACUGUCUUCGUAGUAACACGGAAAGACCAAAAUAAAUCAAGCGAAGGUAGUAGUGUUAUAGACUCCGAUAACAGCCGGUUUACUUUCGACGAGUCGCCUAUCUUUGUACCGGCCACAACCCUCUUAUUGGUUCACCUAACUGCACUUGCAAUGACCGGCUUAAGGGUUCAACCAUUUCAAAUGGUCCGUGAUGGCAGGACCGAGCCGGGUAUUGGAGAGAUCAUUUGCAGUACAUGGGUAGUGCUGAGCUUCUUGCCAUUUCUAAAAGGGCUUUUCCGAAGUGGAAUUUAUGGGAUCCCCUCAUCAAUCGUGUACAAGUCCGCCACUUUGGCAUUACUCUUCAUUUACUUCUCAAUGCGUAUGGGUUCCAAAGGUCAAAUGUUGUGAAGUUUUGUUCAUGUACCCUUCAAAGUUC